UAAUGAACAUUUUUGGUCCUCCGGGCCGGAUCUAGUUCCGGUAUUUUCGUUCAUUUUUUUGUGUAAUUUUCGUUCGUGCUAUCGCGGCGUUGUUAGCCUCGUGUGAAGUGAAUUCUCGCACAUUGACUAACAGUUUGUGACUCUGAAGUGCUCGUUUUGGUUGGCGGGAGCAGCGAUCAGUGUCUCGGCUGUGGUUGAAACGUUUUAACUAGUUCGUUCGACGACUCUAACCUCUAGGUUGAGGUUAUGUCUUCCGUUUCAUUUGAAAACGAUCGUUGAACCCUUUGGUAGUCAAUCACCAUGGCUGAAGGGCAGUCGGCGCUGGUGCGCAUCCGUCUUGCUGAAGGUCGUAUUAAGCGAGCCUUUGAUCUCGCGCAGAUGGUUCCCAGUGAUAGCUCAAAAAUAAAUUUGUUUCGCGCCACAGCGCGCGACCUUCACUGCGUCCGAGAAAGGUUCGAAACGGACUUCGUCAUCGUUGAAACAACCGCAACGACCGAAGAUGGAUUCGAUGCUGAGGCGCACACCGCACACUUGGCUGACUUUGAAGAAAAAUAUUUCGAAGUGAUGUCAACAUUGGAAGCCAUUGAGGAGGUCAAGGUAGUAUCACCAGGCACACCCACUACUCAGGUGAGCAAAUCUCGUGUGGCUCUUCCAAAAAUCUCUCUUCCCAAGUUUGAUGGGAGCCCUCAGCAGUGGGCUAAUUUCUCUAAUUUAUUUGUCACCCUGGUAGCCAACAAUGCUGAUAUAUCAUCAGUGGAAAAACUGGCCUACCUCAAGACCGCCCUUAAUGGGGAACCACUUGGAAUGGUGCAAUCUCUGCCGAUCUCUGAAGCGAAUUACGAGGUCGCGUGGAAGCUUCUUGUUGGCCGCUACGAGAAUAAGAGGCUAAUUGUCUCAGUCCAUGUAGAGGCCCUCUUGAAGGCCCCAAUGGCUGCGUCUGACUCACCCAAGGCUCUGCGCAAUUUGUUAACCAUUGUAAACGAGAACCUCUUGGCCCUUAGGGCACUGGAUGUCCCUGUAGACCAAUGGGACUUGAUUUUGCUCCCUAUUUUGUGCAAGCGGUUAGACUCUGUCCUUCAAACACAGUGGGAGCUUACUCAAACCGAUGCCCUUCCAACUGUAAAAAACCUUUUGUCCUUUAUCGAAACCCAUUGUCGGGCCCAGGAAACUGUGACAGCUUCUCGGUCACAUGUUCCAGGUGCAGGACCUACACAGUCAAGGAACCAAAUGCCAAGCUGGAGACAGGCUCGUCAAUCUGUGAAAAGUUUGGUCAGCUCUCCACAAUCAUGUUGCGUUUGUAACAGUACCCAUGUUGUUUUUAAGUGCCCUAAAUUCAUCAAGAGUAGUCCCAAGGACAGAUAUAAGAUAGCUAAGGAGCACAAAUUAUGCCUGAAUUGCUUGUCACCAUCUCACGCAUCCAAGGAUUGUUCAUCAUCAUCGUGUCGUUAUUGUGGAUCCAGGCAUCAUUCUCUGUUGCACUUCGAGCAACAGACAGCCAUCAACCCUGGUCCGGGCAAGGAUGCUUCAACCACACUCAUUGAACCAAACCCUGCAACUGUUGCAGUUGCUGCCGCUCUACCAAGUGAAGCAAGAACAGUGUUAUUAUCAACAGCACAGGUACACGUGUUUGAUUCAAGUGGAACUCCAAUGGUCGUGAGGGCUCUGUUGGAUACUGCCAGCCAAGCUAGCUUCGUCACAGAGAGCUGUCUGCAAAGAUUGAGGCUUACUCGUAGAAGAUCUCAUCUACCAGUACAAGGUUUAGCUAACACUUCAGUGAAUGUGGCCAAGUCAUGCGCCUCCAUUGUUAUGGCACCAGUUGGUAGCACGAGCCCCCAGUUUGCAGUAGAUGUAUUUGUAAUUUCGAGAAUCACCUCCAAUUUGCCAAGUGCCAAGCUGAGCGCCAGGGUCCGUGGUGCAGUGGCACAUUUGAAACUUGCCGACCCUGCAUUUGACACCCCUGGUCCUGUUGAUCUGUUAAUUGGUGCAGAGUUAGUUCCUAGACUCCUUACUGGGGCCAAAAUUGACGGUUCACCCGUAGCUCUGGACUCUGUGCUUGGGUGGAUACUGAUGGGACAGGUGGACACACAAGUCCCAUCAUUGACUGCAACAUCUUUGUGUAUCUCUCUUCUCACUUCACACCCUCCUUUGGAUGAGGUAGUAAAAAGGUUCUGGGAAUUAGAGGAGUUUCCUGCGACAACACACAAGUCUCCUGAAGAUGUCAAAUGUGAGGAAUGGUUCAGUAAAACUCAUCUGAGGUCUGGAGAUGGGCGUUACAGUGUAUCACUGCCCUUUCGGCAACCUCUUCUGAAAUUGGGUGCGUCAAGGCCGCAGGCUCUUAACAGAUUUCUUCGUCUUGAAAAUCGUCUCAAGUCUGAUCCCAAAUUGAAGGCCAUGUAUUCAGAGUUUAUGAGUGAUUAUGUAGCUAGUGGUCACAUGGAAGAAGUAACAGAGUCACAGAUUCCUUCAGCGUCGUAUUAUAUUCCCCAUCACUGUGUGGUUAAACCUGAAAGUUCAACUACAAAACUGAGGGUGGUUUUUGAUGCAUCCGCCAAGAGCUCUUCAGGUGUUUCGCUGAACGAUGCGCUCUUUACUGGCACCCGGCUUCAACGGGACAUAGUUGACCUAUUGUUGAGUUUUCGUCUGCAUGUAGUAGUCUUCACUGGUGACAUCAAACAGAUGUACAGACAGAUAGGUGUACACACUCAUCAGGAUUAUCAGCACAUUGUUUGGAGGUUUAAUGAUGCUGAACCUGUGAAGGAUUAUCGUCUCAAGACUGUAACCUAUGGUGUCUCUGCAGCACCGUUUCUCGCAUUACGUACACUUCAACAAUUGGCACAGGAUGAAACCGAGCACUUCCCAACUGCAUCACAGGUCUUACUUACAGAUGUCUACGUUGACGAUGUUGUCACUGGAUCUAAUUCGGUUGAUUCUGCCUUGGCCAUUCAGAGGGAGCUUAUAACACUCCUAGGAAAAGGAGGCUUCAAGCUGCGCAAAUUUAUGAGCAACCACCAAGCUCUUCUGGAUUGGUUGCCAGUGGAGGAUAUUGAGAUCCCACAACCAUUUUCAUUGGAUUCGGACGAUUGUGUCAUUAAGGUCUUGGGUCUGCAAUGGAAUCCUGUGUCGGACACAUAUUCCUACAAGAUACAGCCUAGUUCUGGCAAUGCCACAAAAAGGACAAUCCUGUCAAAUCUGGCUAGGAUUUUUGAUCCUCUUGGGUGGCUCACCCCACUGAGUAUGUUUGCAAAGCACCUGAUCCAAGUCUUGUGGGCACGGAACCUGGGCUGGGAUACUGAACCACCGGAUGACAUCCUAAGCAACUGGAAGAACUUCAACACUCAGCUGUCACAACUGUCAUCAGUUACCAUUCCCCGACUGAUUCGAGGACAGGCAGGAGGUUCCUACCAGUUGCAUGGAUUUUCGGACAGCUCCGAAAUUGGUUACGCAGCAGUUGUGUACUUGCGCAUUGACAACCCUGAUGGUACAGUUCUGGUACACUUGCUGAUUGCCAAGUCGAAGGUAGCGCCACUCAAGGUUCAGUCGCUGCCUCGCUUAGAACUAUGUGGGGCCCUUUUGUUGGCUCGCCUGCUUCACCAUGUCAUUGAUGCCUAUGGAGCGACACUGCACUUCAGUUCGGUUACUGCCUGGACUGAUUCACAGGUAACUCUUGCCUGGAUAAACUCUUCUCCACAUGAGUUAAAGACCUUUGUGGCAAACCGGGUUAGUCACAUUCAAGAGCUAACUCGUCCAGAAUGGUGGAAGCAUGUUCGUUCUGAACAUAACCCGGCAGACUGUGGAUCCCGUGGGCUUCUGCCAGCACAAAUUGUAUCUCAUCCUCUGUGGUGGUCUGGCCCUUCAUGGCUGAAGAAGGCUGAGGACCAGUGGCCUGAAGGUAUUCCGUGCAUUAAGGCUUCUGACGUAAUCCUGCUUGAAAGGAAGGUAGUGGCAUUGGGAACUUUUAUCUCCCCUGGGGACUUGGACACAUUAUUGGAACGUUUCAGUCGGUUGACAAGGCUGUUGCGUGUUACUGCCUGCUUGUUCAGAUUUAUCAACAAUUGUCGUCAUCCACUGGAAGGACGGGCCAUAGAAGAGCUGUCAUCGAAGGAUCUAAACACUGCCCUAGAGUUCUGGAUACGUUAUGUUCAGUCCAUGUGCUAUCGAAGUGAUUUAAUUGCCUUGAAGAAGGAUCAAAUCACCUCCCCACAACUUCGUAGAUUGCUACCGUUCAUUGACUCCAAGGGAGUGAUUAGGGUGGGCGGCAGACUGUCUCAUUCGGAUCUGCCCUUUGAGCAGAAGCACCCAGCCCUUCUUCCUAAAUCGAAUCCCCUGACAAGACUGAUCAUAGGUCAUUACCAUGAAGUUAAUCAACAUCCGGGAAUACAAGCACUCCAGGCCAUUCUCAGGGAGAAGUUCUGGAUUAUGGGGGACAAGCGUGCAAUCACCAACCUUGUGCACCGCUGUGUGCGUUGUUUUCGUGCAUCUCCAUCAUCAGUUGCUCCGCUGAUGGGAAACCUUCCAGCUAUGCGGGUUCAGCAGGUAAAACCGUUCUCAAGGUCGGGGGUUGAUUACGCUGGUCCAUUCUUGAUUAAGAUGGCCCGUCUUCGCAAGGCUGCUGUGCUGAAAGCAUAUCUAUGCGUGUUUGUCUGUUGCGCAACAAAGGCAGUACAUAUCGAGCUAGCCUCGGACUUAUCGACAGAUGUGUUUUUGGCUGCCUAUAAACGUUUCAUUGCACGUCGAGGACGUUCCUCGGACAUCUACAGCGAUUGUGGCACCAACUUUGUUGGGGCACGAAAUCAGCUCUCCGAACUACAACAACUCCUCACGUCGUCUUCCCAUCAAACAACAGUGGCUUCAUCGCUCGCACAUCUUGGUGUGACUUGGCAUUUCAACCCGCCAGCUGCUCCUCACUUUGGGGGUUUAUGGGAAGCGGGUGUCAAGUCGUUCAAGUCCCAUUUGAGGAGGGUGAUAGGAGAGCAGAUCCUAACGUACGAGGAGUUAAACACAGUAUUGGCUCAGGUUGAAGCAGUGUUGAACUCAAGGCCGUUGUGUCCCCUCAGUGCGGAUCCCAAGGACUUCACUCCUCUGACCCCAGGCCAUUUCCUGACGCUGGAACCGUUAGUGACAAUACCCGAACCAGAUUUACGUCAGGUAAAAAUGAACUGUUUGCAUCGCUGGCAGCUUGUAUCCCGACUACAUCAAGAUUUCUGGCAUCGCUGGCAUCGGGAUUACCUGCACACGCUGCAACAACGUAGCAAAUGGCAGAAAAGGGCGUCAGGUCUUGCCCCCAACCAGAUGGUGCUGGUCAAGGAAGACAGGCUUCCACCUCUGCAAUGGCCGCUGGGGCGCAUUGUUGAUCUUCAUCAUGGAACGGACGGCGUGGCACGAGUGGCCACUGUACGCACUGUCACAGGCACUGUCAAACGGCCAGCAGUGAAAUUAUGCCCGCUCCCCUGUGACUGUUGAAAUCGGUGAUUUCAAGGUGGGCGGUAUGUUAUGUAUAUUGUAUAGUUUCCGUGUAAAUAGACCUUGGACAUUAUAAACAUUGUUGGCAUUGGUCAACACACUUGAGUUUUGAAUCUCGCGCGCCGCGCUGCUGGCGAUAGUGGCGCUGCUACUUGGCUGCUGUGAGUUGGCUGCCCUGCUUCCUCCGGAAGUCAGUUGUUCUACAAAGGCAUGGUGGUAAGUGGUGCUAUCGGGUACUCUUGCUAUCUGGCGACAUCGGUCGCCAAAUUAAAUAGUUUUGUGCAAUUCACUGUUUUAUAGUCCAUUAAUGAACAUACACUGAUAUCAGUUAACUUCCAGUAGAAUCUCCCUGGAGUACUGGUAAUGAAAGCAACCUUGACACUAUCAUUUUCAAACUUGCAUCACAAAAUGUUACUACUAGUGGUGGAUAUAAUUUGGAGUCAGAGUCGUUGCUGCCGUCGGUCGCGACUGUAAAUGCCACAGUUUGUAAAUUACAAAAAUUUUAUAGUUGCAUCUGUUGCCAUUUCUUUCACGAUAGCCGUCGACUUUGUUCUUGCGCAACCAAAUUUUUUUGCUACUUCAGAAUUUGAAAACAUUUUUCUGAAUAACGGGCCCGCGUGAUCCAAAUCAUUUGAAGGAAUAUUAUGUUCAACCAAAAAGUUUGUAAACAUACAUUUGCACGUAUUACAGCAUUGUCUGUGCUAUUAUUUUUAGCGAACUAAUCACUAACCUUUGAAUUGACUGCGACACUUUUAACAUUUGCGAGAUGUUAUGAACAGUUCACGUGGAGAUUGAUGUCAUAUUUUCCGCCGUGCCCAAUGUUGAUGUCGCAUCUACACACUGAAAAAAAAAUGCGAACUGUGUUCCCUUGCUUGAUUUAAGAAUACACGGAAAAUCCCGCGUGUAUGUAUCACGAAUGCGUAUCACGUUUCGGGGGCAUUUUCUUCCUCACUUGAUUCCACUUCCGUUAAUUCUGCACAUAACACUUUUUAUUAAAAACAUGCAAUAAAUUCGUUUCCUAACCUGUAAUAAACAAAAUCAAAAUUGGCUCAACUUUAACUGAAGAAUCACAACAUACGCUUAUGCACGACACCAUCUUGCCAAACUAAAAAUGCUAUUUAAACUGGUUCGUGAUUGGUUGUAAGCGCAUCAAUGUAACUGAGGCGGCCAAUAAGGAAAGAUAUACAAUCGAACAACAAAUUACGUGAUUUGCUGGCCUUCGACCAAUAAUAUAACUCAAUUACCGCACUCGUUUCCACAGCAACAACACAUGGCAACAGCAUUCACAAACCAUACAAUAAAACAUUUAAGGCAAACGGAAAAUACAUGUUUUAAUAAACGUCUCGUACUUAAAAUUCGUAAAAAAUGCAGACAUCCUCGUACAAUCGUAAAACGGACAUGAUUUUCGUACAUUUUACGAAAAAAUCGUAAAGGUUGGCAAGUCUGUCAUGAGUGUAAUUGCUGAAACUGAAUUGAAAUCAUUAGAAAAUAAUUUGAAAAGUGCAAAUUAUUUUUCUGUGAUGUGUGACGAGUCGACCGACAGUGCUGUGCUUGAGCAGGUCAUUGUGUAUGUGAGGUACGCACUUGAAGGGGAGAUCCAUACUGACUUUGUAGCAGUCAGGCAUGUCGACAGGCCUAAUGCUACUCAGAUAUUUGAGUGCAUUUUAACCGUUUUACAUGAAUAUUGUGGUUAUGACAGUGUGAACAUGAAGAAACACUUGGUAGGCUUUGCCAGUGAUGGUGCAGCUGUAAUGAGAGGUUUACGUAAUGGUGUACAAGCGAAAUUGAAAGAAAACAUGCAACCAAAUUUAGUUGCUGUUCACUGCAUGGCUCACUGCUUGGAGCUCGCUGUAAAAUCAGCACUCGUCCAAAUACCACUACAUUCUAAAAUUGACAUUUUCUUGAGAAAGGUUUAUUCAUUUUACCAUCACAGCCCAGUUCAUCGCAGUCUUCUAAAGAAUUCCUGCGAAACACUUAAGAUCAAGUUUUACGCGCCCACAAGAGUUGAGGAACUCGUUGGAUUCCACACUUGAAAUCAUGUGUCACAAAUGUAAUCAAAAUAAUUCCUGCUCUUCACUUGACUGCAACAAAUCUACUGCAAGACUCCAAAUGUGAUGCAUCCACCAAUUUAACAUGCAAAUUAGUUAAAGAAUCUUUGCAAAGUUUUGAAUUGGUACAGUACAGUGGCGUAGCCAGGAUUUGCGUAUGGGGGGUGUUAAGAAGCAUGGCCCCCCUCCCCCCGUAUUAAAGCGGGGGGUCCGGGGGUCCUCCCCCGGAAAAAUUUGGUUUUUAAGGUGUAAAAUAGUGCUAUUUUAGCAGUUUUCGGUGCUUAAAUUUAAAUAUUGUAAUGGUAAAAAUUUUAUUAAUUUUAAUAUGAAAUUUGUUUGAGUGAUGAGUAAGAAAUUAAUUAAAGAUUUGGUGCUAAGGGGGGGGUUCGAACCCCUAAAACCCCCCCCUGGCUACGCCCCUGGUACAGUACCUGCAUUUCUUUUGUGACAUACUCUGUGCAUUGAGUUACUUAUCACAGUCUUUCCAGGUCUCAGGUUUGACAAUAGCAGAGACAAAUUCAACCAUACAAGAGACUAUUUGCAUGUUGCAGAAACUGAGAAUCAGUGAAGGUUUUCAUUUACGUUCUUGGAGAAAAUCGAUGGAACCGGACGGAAGACAGCUGAAAGGUCCUCUUCCACGAAGCCCACCUGUCUGCGUGCUUCGGCCUGCUGCUUCAGCCACUAGAGCAAGAGGGUAGUCCUUCAGUAACGUUCGCACGUCAACAAGAUCUCAUACCAUUUACAUGUUGGUUUUUUUAUUUACCACCAAUAAUUAUUUAAAGGGAUUUAUUUCUUGUGUGUGAUUUAAUAGCCAAGGUGCAGAAUUUUCCAAAACUAUUAGCAGAAAAAUUUUAAAACCACAAACUUAUUUAUGUAUGUUAUAUCUGAAUAUUAAAUUUAAAAAAAAAAGUGUACAUGCAUCAAAUGUGUGAUCAAAUACGGAUAAAAACUGCUUAUGUGCGAGGAUAAUGAUUUGAAUAUAGUUAGGAAAUUCAUGUUGAAUUUUUUUAGAUGUGAUGUUUGCUAGCUGAAUUUACUCUUUUAGUGGUGAAAAUCUACUCCAUAGGAAAUCUACCCCAGUGGCAAACAGUGAAUUGAUUAAGUCUCAGAUUCUUGGGACAGACUUGACUAAUGUAAACAACUUAUUAGUAAAAACUUAUAUAUUAUGAGUAGAGCAUGUUAUUUUACUGUUCACAAAACUAAGAGGUUUAAAAUUUGGUUUGAGCAUGCUUACGGUAUUUACAGUAUAAAUACAUGUGGUCAUGUAAUUGAUGUCUACUAUAUGUGGCUCUAGAAGCAAAGAUGACAGAGGGGUAAUAAGCAUGAGGCAAAAUAAAAGUUUCAAACAUGUAAAAUCUUUCUAUAAUGUUGGUUCAUGCAUUAGACAUGAUAAUUUUUCCUAAUUAUUUAUUUGGUGCCUUUAAAAGUUUGGGUUGCUUGAGUUUAAAAUAAAAGUAAUAUGAUAUAACAGUGGUGUAGUUGAAUGUGUAAUGUGUUUACAAGACGGUCCCAGAUUUGUGAGUAUGUUGUACAGUAAAUAAACAUUUCUAAAGAUG